AUGAAAGAUUCGACUGGCUCUCCAAUGGCUAAACGAUCGAAGCAGGACGAUUCCAGCUCUAUGGAUCGUACCUUGAAAAUGAGAGACGGUCCGUUCUACAAGACCUUUUCUGUUUUCAACCCCAAAAUGGCAAUAACUUCACGUCGAAUUCGAAGCUCCACGCGGUUUAUCCACCACUCAGCUACUCCAAAUGCAGUCCUUAUUGAGAUUCUCAGUCAAGAAAUACCCUAUCAUUCCACAUAUGGCUGUAUAAGCUUCAAAAGACAUUUGGUGAAAGGAUGA